AAUAUCAAUUCUAGUUUUAUUGCUUUCUCUUGCAGAAGAGUGUAGGAGUGCUGUGAAAAUUGAUGCAUCUGAUGAAUCCAUAGAAGACACCAUAGUAUAUGGCUCAGACAACAGCAGUGAUGAAUCAUUUGAAAUUCCCUUGAUGAGUUCUCCAGAUGAUCUACUCAAGUUGGAUGAAGACAAAUUGUUCUUUACAGAUAAGAGACAUGUGUAUAUAAAAAAGAUUAAAAAAACAAAGUUGUCCUACAAUGGGAAGAAAAAGAAGAAUGAAAGGGUUUUGAAUUCAAAACAUUGUUGUAUGAUUUGUGGGAAGCUGGUACUCCGAAUUCGUGAUCAUCUGCUUCAUGUCCACGAAGAUCAUGAAGAAAUUAGAGCCUUAAACAAAAUGUCACAAAAGCAGCAAAAGGAUGCAUUAGAAAUUAUGCGUAACAAAGGAGAUCAUGACCACAACGAGAGGGUGUUGCAACAGGAGAAGGGUGAACUGCUUCUAUCUCGUCGAUUUACUGACGGUGAUAUGAAAACUACCGAUUUCCUGCCAUGUCCUACUUGUUUUUUAUACGUUAAAGAUUUGGCCAAGCAUCGCAGUUAUACGAAAAGAUGUAAAGGUUUUGAUGGUGAUAUGUCCAGUUCAAGAGCCUCUUUACUGGCUAAAGGACUCUUAGACAGUGGAACUGAUCAUAUUCCCUCUGAAUUCCUGAAAAGUGAAGUACUCAGUAAAUUUAUUAAUGAUGAAAUCAGCUGUGUAGCAACCAAAGAUGAACUUAUUCUGCAUUUGGGAAACCAAACGAUAAAGAAUGUGGCGAAAAAUCUUCUGAAACGAGGAAGGUAUGCAUCUGAUAAGAUGCGACUAGCAGCUAGAAUUCUGAUCGAAAUAAGGAAAAUAAUGGCAAAAGAAAUAACAUGGGAUGAAGUACUGAAACCGGAGAAUUUUACCAUAAUCGUAACAGCUGUGACAACUCUUGCAGGAAUAGGAAAAGAAGGAAAUACGUACGAAACCCCAUCAAAUGCUUUGAAAGGAGGAUACGUUAUCAAAGACCUCGCAAACAUCAAGGAAAGUGCAGCUCUGAUGAGUAGCCCAAAAAACCUGCAGAGAGCUGAGGAAGCAGCAGAUGUCAUCAAGCUCAUGGAGAAAAACUGGAGCAGCAAUGUAUCAUCGCUAGCAACAGCUACUCUAGAUGAAGGUCGUUACACUACCGUUCAGUCUCUACCUGUUCCUGAAGAUUUGAGGGUUCUGUCACAACAUGUUCAGUGGAAAUCAAACUCAUUGAGCACUGAAGCAAUCCUUAAGACGAAGGAUGGGUUUAGAGAAGGGGUUGAGAUCGCUCAAGCAAGACUGGUGACAUUCAAUAAGCGAAGGCCAGGGGAGAUAGAAGCUAUAUAUCUUGAUGACUACCAGAAGAGAAGAAAGGAAGGUGAGCCACACAUGUCACAGUUCAUGUCUUCCCUUUCCGAUUUGGAGAAAUAUUUAUUGACGGCACAUGAACUUAUAACCGUCAGAGGAAAGAGGGGACGUGGAGUUCCAGUUCUACUGCCCCCUGAUCUGUACGACCUGCUGGAACUGUUAGCAUCUGAAGAAGUCAGAAAAGCAGUUCAAGUAGACAAUUCACCUUACCUUUUCCCAAAUUUUGGUGAUGGUGUAGUUCGAGCGGUUGAAUCUUUAUCAAAAGUUGUUGAUUCACUGAAGAGAAAGCUACAAGAUCCUUCCUCAAUCAAAGCUACAAGAUUACGAAAAUAUUUAGCCACAACCUUACAGGUAUUUUCCCUUGAGGCGUAUGAACUCGAGUGGGUGGCGUCUCAUUUAGGCCAUACUAUGCAUGUGCAUAAAGACUACUACAGAAUGAUGUCGACAACAAUCGAAAAAACCAAGAUGGCGAAAUUGAUGGUCUUAUCAGAAAGUGGCAAUCUUGAUCAGUACCGUGGAAAAUCACUUGACAAAAUUUCAUGUGAAGAUGUUGUUAUUCCUGAAUCUGCUUUGGAUGAUGACGUGGAUGAUGAAGUCCAGUCUCCGAGUCAGCCUCAAACAACUGCAUUUCAGAGUUCAGAGCAGUCAGCAUCAAAAAGAUCUCUCCACAGUGAUUUAGACAAGAAGCGGAUAAAAUACACAGAGAGAAAAGAAGACAGUAAUUGGAAAAUCCACCCAGAUUAUCAAAAGAUAUUUAAAACAAUUAUUGCGGAGAAGAAAGUGCCAGGGAAUUCCACAAUAACACAAAUGACAACAGGAACAGCGUUGGAAAUUGUACCUGCCUACAAGAUCCGUAAUAAAAUAAACGCAGAUGUCCAAAAGAUAAAACGACAGCAGACUUCCAAAAAUUAAUAAUGAAAUGUGUGCAUAUCUAUAUAUCCACCUAUUUCAGGUAUUUGGUUGCCUUGUAUUUUUGGAGAAAGUAGUUUUUUUAAAUAUACUUUAAACAUUACAUACCAGUGUUUAUAUGCUAUAACAUCUAGUUGUAUUCAAUUAAUUUUUUUUAAGUGGGUUCAAUUUUUUCCACAUUUAGACUAUUGUGUUAUUAUUCUUACUGCUUUUUUAAUAAUACCAAAGGUCUUAAAUUUGUUUUAUAAGCAUUUUGCCAUGAAUCACAACAGUAAUUCAUGUUUUUAAUUUGUAAGGAGUUUCGACAUGUAUAUUUUCAAGGUCGUUUUUCACCUGUUGGAACGUUUCUUUAGAUAACCUUUAAUGGAAUCAAAGAUUUUCCACAUUAUUUUUCUCAUAAUAUUCAUGUUUUCUAGUAAAAGUUUAUGAUCUUUUGUAUGGAAUGUUUUUUAACAUGUUUUCAAUAUUUUCAAUAGCAUUUGUGAUUUCUUUGGUCAGUUCUGCUUGUGAGAGAUCAAUUGACCUGUUUGCUGUAAAUCCAUGCUGACUUUCAUUUAGAACAUUAUCUUUUUCUAUGGAUUGUUUUAAUCUGAUAAAUAAUUUUUAUGAAGUUUUAGAAAAUUGAGAUAUUAAAAGACAGGUCUCUAAUUGGUAAUCAUUUUCCUAUUACCAUACUGUAUAGAGGUUAUUGUCAUUAAGUGUGGGAGAAUUCCAUGUAAACUUGUCAAUCUUUAUAUUUUAAUUUGUUGCCAGCAUUAAGUAUUUCUUCACAUCUGUUAAAACAUGGAACACUUAUUUGUUUGCAAGAUAUUGGAAUGUGUUUGAAUCUGUUCAGUUAAUUUUGGACUAAAUUUGGCCCUAUAUUGGUAAAAAGGAUUUAAAACUUUACUAUUAAUGUUAAUAAUAUGAUUUUAUUAUCAAUUAAUGUAUCUGGAUAAUUGAUAGUUGUUUAUUCCUAAUAAAGAUGGUAUUCAAUCAUAUUUGAUAUUUCUUUUCUGCUCCUUUAGGAUAGUAUUGUAAUUAAAGCAGUUUUGAUUGCAUAUAAUAUUUGGGUUGUGUAUUUAUGUAUUAUGUCAUGCAUGAGGUAUUUUUACUCUUUCCUGAAAUAUCUAUAAAUGAAAAUAAGUUAUGUAUGCAUUGUAAAUAUAAGUUCCUCCUGAGGUUAAAAAUCUACGUGCAAUAAUUAAGAGGACUUCCCAAAUAAUGAAAUGGACAGAUGUAAAAUAUCCAAUUAGGAAGCGGUACUAGGUGCUCCGGAUAGAGUAAACAUACCCUGCCUCAUGCAUGACACCCGCCUAUGUCAAAUAGAUGUUAAAAUGACAUAUAACUAGCACGGAACAACAUAGAUGUAAAAUCAAAACGUGGUAGUGCGGCGGGCCAUGUGCCACCUCCGGCGACGGAAUCCCACUCUUCUGAUCGCAGCGACCGCUUGCGGGAUAUCCUAGUUUAUUGGCGUGUAACCCUACAUACAUCCUAAGACAUUAUUAAAUCUGGAUUCAAAAUUUUCGGAAAUUUUACCACUCGUCUGUGAACUAGCUCCUUUAAGGAUAUUGUGAUAAGCAUAAUUUCUUGAUUACUCACAAGUCAAUGCUGAUCCGAUGAGAGUUCAUCACAAGGAAAACUCAUCACAAAGGUGCACACAACUGAAGCACACACCUAAUAAGGCAACAUUGACUUGUGAUGAGCAUAUUUUGACUACUCACAAGUCAAUGCUGAUCCGAUAAGAGUUCAUCACAAGGAAAACUCAUCACAAAGGUGCACA